AGGAAAGGGAUUUCUCAGGUUGAGUGUUGAGUCACUUAUGUUUUGGUUUCAAGAAUAUUGUAAAUAAAUAAGUGUUGUUAAUAUAUAAUUUGUGAUAUUGUUGGUAGCUUAUUUAUAAUGGAAGAUAGUGAUGAUGAAGGUAUACUUACGGGCUUUCUAUUUGGAAAUAUUGAUGAAGCUGGAAACCUGGAAAGUGAUGUUUUUGAUUCAUCAGAACAAAAACACCUAUCUUCUCUUGGAAAGUUAGGGUUUGGCUCUUUUGUAAAAGAAAUAAUAAAAGAACACAUUGAUAGUAAUUCUCAAUCAUCUUCACAAACAACACUUGAGAGCACUGAUUUAUUGACUGAGGAUUCUCUAAAAUCUUCCCAAGAAAGUGGUUAUUUCUCUCAGAACAGCAUCGGUUCAGAAGAUUUCAAUUCUGAUAAAAAAUCACCUUCUGCUGAAGAUUUUUUUGAUAUAAAUGAGUUGGCAGAAGAUGAAGCAGUUGAUACUCUUGAAUCUUAUGAUGGAGAUAAUGGAAGAAUUACAAAAAAAGAUGAACAGUUGAUGCCUCCUCCACCAGGUUUACCUGUUAAUAGGGAAUUAAAAGAAUCAGAUUCUCAACAACUUUGUGAUGCAGAUAAAAAGAGAUUGGAGACACCUUUGGCUGCUAUGUUACCAUCUAAAUAUGCCAAUAUUGAUGUUACUGAAUUAUUUCCAGAUUUUAGACAUGGAAAAGUACUAAGAUUUUCGAGACUGUUUGGUCCAGGAAAACCAAGUAGUUUGCCCAAUAUUUGGAAGAAUGUAAGAAAGAAGAGAAAGAAACGUAAACACAAGGAAAGUGUUAAUCAGCAUGAUACAGACUCGAAUUCUGAUGAAGAAAGACCUAAAAAUAGAGGUUGGUACUUUGAUUAUGCUGAACCGAAACCUGAAAUGAUCUUGGCAGAUGAUGAGGAAAAGUUUUUGAAACCAGCUGAAGUUCAAAAUGAAGAUAAUAAACCUGACAAUGAGAAAAAAGAUGAUUCUGGACCUAAAGCUGCUGAUUGGCGCUUUGGACCAGCACAAAUUUGGUAUGAUAUGCUUGAAGUUCCUGAGACUGGUGAUGGUUUCAAUUAUGGUUUUAAAGUUGCUGAGGAAAAAUCUGAAGUAAAGGAAGAUAAUAAAGAAAACCAAGAUGAAGGAUUUCCAGAUGAUGCAUUUUUAAUGGUAACUCAGCUACACUGGGAAGACGAUGUUGUAUGGGAUGGAAAUGAUAUCAAACAUAAGGUGCAACAAAAGUUAAGUUCCAAAACAAACGCUGCAGGAUGGGUGCCGAGCAGCGGCAAUAGGACUGCCCAGGCUUUCAGCCAACCUGGAAAAGCAGGAACAACAGUUAGAAUGCCCCCGGUACCAAAUCCACCAUUGCCUGGUUUAAAAUCGAAGCAACAGUUAUUGAAGCCUAGACAGGAACAGGAACAAGAUGAUACUUGGUAUUCUAUAUUUCCUGUUGAAAACGAGGACUUAGUUUAUGGAAGAUGGGAAGAUGAUGUGAUUUGGGAUGCUGAGAAUAUCAAAACUAUUCCAAAACCCUCAAUUUUAACAUUAGAUCCUAAUGAUGAGAAUAUCAUUUUGGGUAUCCCUGAUGAUAUUGAUCCUUCAAAACAAAUCUUAGGACAAGCUACACCAGUCAAAGUAAAAAUUCCACACCCACACGUUAAAAAGUCUAAAAUUCUAUUAGGAAAAGCAGGUGUUAUUAAUGUUUUGCAAGAGGAUACUCCACCUCCACCGCCAAAAUCCCCUGACAGAGAUCCAUUCAACAUUUCCAAUGAUAUAUAUUAUCAACCAAGAACCUCCGAAACAACAUUGCGGCUCAAAGUGGGCGGCGCAAAUUUGAUCCAGCACUCUACCCCCGUUGUAGAGUUAAGAGCGCCUUUUAUCCAGACCCACAUGGGUCAGAUGAGAUUAAGAAACUUCCAUAGGCCGCCGAUAAAAAGAUUUUCUCAUGGCGCUCUCGCUCAACCAGGUCCACACAGUGUAAUGCCUCUGAUAAAGCACAUAAAGAAAAAAUCAAAGCAAAGAGAAGCUGAAAGAAUGGCUUCAGGAGGCGGUGACGUGUUUUUCAUGAGAGCACCUGAAGAUUUAACUGGAAGAGACGGGGAUUUGAUUCUAGUUGAAUUUUGUGAGGAGCAUCCGCCUUUGAUGAACCAGGUUGGAAUGUGCUCUAAGAUUAAGAAUUAUUAUAAAAGGAAAGCUGCUAAAGAUUCUGGUCCCCCAUCUUAUAGGUACGGAGAGACGGCAUAUGCACACACUUCUCCAUUUUUAGGUAUUUUGCAUCCGGGUCAGUCUAUACAAGCAGUAGAAAAUAAUAUGUACAGGGCUCCGAUCUAUGAACACAUAACGCCAGAAACAGAUUUUCUAAUAAUAAGAACUCGCCAACAGUAUUACAUCAGAGAAGUUGAUGCGCUGUACGUAGCAGGUCAACAGUGCCCUUUAUAUGAAGUUCCAGGCCCAAAUUCCAAAAGAGCAAACAAUUUCGUCAGAGAUUUCCUACAGGUAUUUAUCUAUCGGUUAUUUUGGAGAAGCAGAGACAAUCCGAGAAGAAUUAAAAUGGACGACAUAAAAAAGGCAUUCCCAUCUCACUCUGAAAGCAGCAUCAGAAAGAGACUCAAACUCUGUGCUGACUUUAAAAGAACAGGUAUGGAUUCCAAUUGGUGGGUGAUUAAACCGGAAUUUCGUCUCCCAACGGAAGAAGAAAUUCGAGCAAUGGUUUCGCCAGAACAAUGCUGUGCAUACUUUAGCAUGGUAGCUGCUGAACAACGUUUGAAGGAUGCUGGUUACGGUGAAAAAUUCCUUUUCACACCCGCCGAAGAUGACGAUGAAGAAAUGCAGCUCAAAAUGGACGAUGAAGUGAAAGUCGCUCCUUGGAACACGACGAGAGCCUACAUCCAAGCCAUGAAAGGGAAAUGUCUGCUUCAAUUAACGGGUCCCGCUGAUCCUACAGGUUGCGGCGAGGGUUUCAGUUACGUUAGAGUGCCCAACAAACCUACGCAGAGCAAGGAAGAACAAGAAUCGCAACCAAAAAGGACCGUUACUGGUACGGAUGCUGAUUUGAGGAGGCUGUCGUUGAAUAAUGCCAAGGCUUUACUGAGGAAGUUCGGUGUUCCCGAGGAAGAGAUCAAAAAGCUAUCCAGAUGGGAAGUCAUCGACGUAGUACGGACCUUAUCGACUGAAAAAGCGAAAGCUGGAGAAGAGGGCAUGGAUAAGUUUUCGCGAGGUAACAGAUUUUCUAUAGCCGAGCAUCAAGAGAGGUACAAAGAGGAGUGUCAAAGAAUUUUUGAUUUGCAAAACAGAGUACUGUCCAGUGCUGAAGUGCUGAGUACCGAUGAAGGGGAAAGUUCGGAAGACGAGAGUGAUGAAGAUAUGGAAGCACUUGGUAAAAAUAUCGAAAAUAUGUUAGCAAAUAAGAAGACCAGCAGUCAGUUAUCUUUGGAAAGGGAAGAGCAGGAACGACAGGAAUUAAGAAAAAUGAUUUUAGAGGGCGAGAAGAAAGAAAAGGAAAAGAAAAAAAUAGAGGAGGAGAGUGAGGAUCAAAGUUUAACUCAAGGGAGAAUAAUGAAAAUAACCAGAACAUUCAGGAACCCUGAAGGCAAGGAAUUUACUCGCGUUGAAUUAGUUAGAAAACCUGUGGUGAUAGAUGCUUACGUCAAAAUUCGUACCACCAAAGACGAGGAAUUCAUCAGACAGUUCGCCACCUUGGACGAAGCGCAAAAAGAAGAAAUGAAAAGGGAAAAACGAAGGAUACAGGAACAGUUGAGAAGAAUAAAAAGGAACCAAGAAAAAGAAAAAAUGGGUUCUCAUCAUCACCAUCAUCAUUCACAUUCUAGGGAUUCGUUGAGUAUGCCACCGGCCGGUACUGUGGAGAAAUUGCCCAAUCCAAAUGAAUCUAUUCCUACUCCAGUAACUCCAACGUCCAGCAAAAGUAUAACAUCUUCUCCUCCUAAAUCUAGAAGGAAAACCAAACUCAAGCCUGACUUGAAGCUUAAAUGUGGGGCCUGCGGUAAUGUCGGUCACAUGAGGACAAACAAAGCUUGUCCUCUGUACCAAAAUUCGACUGGUCAAAAUCCUCCUAUAAAUGUAGCAAUGACUGAAGAGCAAGAAGAAGAUAUCGAGAAGCAACUAAAUACCGACGAUGAAGAUCUCGUUAAUGUGGACGGUACAAAAGUGAAAUUAUCUGGAAAAUUAUUGAAGCAUGCUGAAGAAAUCAAACGUAGGAGUCUAAUGUUAAAAGUUCCAAGAGAUGCAUUAGGAAAUAAAAAGAGACGACGAGGAGUUCAAGAUUUACACUGCGACUAUUUGAAAAAGCACAGCAAACCUGCUAAUAGACGAAGAACGGACCCUGUCGUGGUCCUAUCCACCAUUCUAGAAAACAUCCUCAAUGAAAUGAGGGACAUGCCCGACGUACAGCCAUUCUUGUUUCCCGUUAAUCCAAAACUGGUUUUGGAUUAUUACAGGAUAAUUCAGAGGCCUAUGGAUUUGCAGACCAUAAGAGAGAAUUUGAGACAGAAAAAGUACCAAAGUCGCGAAGAAUUUUUGGCCGAUGUCAAUCAAAUUAUUGAAAAUUCUUCGCUUUAUAAUGGAGCUAAAAGUAGUCUAACAGUAGCCGCGCAAAGAAUGAUGACAAAAUGUGUUGAACGCUUAGGAGAAAAAGAAGACAGACUUAUGAGACUGGAGAAGGCAAUCAAUCCUCUUUUGGAUGAUAAUGAUCAAGUUGCGUUAACGUAUAUUCUGGACAAUGUAGUUAAUGUUAAAUUAAAGACAAUGUCUGAAUCAUGGCCGUUCCUAAAACCCGUUAAUAAGAAGCUCGUUAAAGAUUAUUAUAGUAUCGUUAAGAGGCCAAUGGAUUUGGAGACUAUUUCUAAGAAGGUGACAGCUCACAAAUAUCACAGUAGGCAUGAAUUUGUGGUGGAUAUCGAACAAAUUUUGCAAAACUGUGUACUCUACAAUGGAAAAGAUUCCACAUUUACUGAAAAAGCGGAAGUUUUGGUUAAAGCUUGCAAAGAAACUUUAGAUGAGUAUGACGAACAUCUUACCCAACUGGAAAAUAGGCUAUUAUUGGCCCAAGAAAGAGCAAUGCAAGAUGAUGAUCAAUCAUGGAUAGGAGGCGAUGAUGAAAAUUAUACCAUAGCUGAACCAGAUCACAUUAGUCAGACUAGUUCUCCAGACCAUAUGUCUUCCAUAAAAUCACAAUUGGAUGAAUACGAUCUCAUCGACGUAGAAGGCGAAGGUAUGCACGGCCUGGACGAAUCGAUGAUUCCCAAACCAUCCAAGUUACAAAAGAAGAUCAACAAGAAAGAGGACGUUCACACGUUAGAAGAAGAUUUACAAUUCUCGAGCGAAGAGGAACUGGACGAAGUUCCUUUGCACGAAUUCGAGGACGAUAACAAGGGAUUAUUGAUAUCCGCGGAAAUUCCCAUGGACGGUGAACACGCGGACGAUGACAGCCAGCAGGCCGCGGAGGCCAUGGUGCAACUGGGUACUAUGGGGUACUAUCCUCCGACGGAGGGACAUGAAUGCGAUAGUGCAGAAGCACUUAUGUUUAAAGAAGAAAGUAUGGAUGUAGAUCCCAACUACGACCCGUCAGAUUUCCUAAUGUCCGGUCUACCGCUACGUAAAGUCGAUGACAACAUGAUCAACGACAGUCAAGAAGUUACUACUUUGACCGAAAUGAAAAUACAUGAUGAUUUGGCAGUCAGUGAGAGUGAAGAUGAGGGUACAAAUGCACAUCAGGAGGUCCACGAGAAUAUGCAGGAAGAUGAUGAUGCUGGUGAUCUGUGGUUUUAAUCGAGUUUUGUUGUUUCGUUUUUGUAUAUU